CGCGGUCGCAACCACCAUUGUGCGCACAUUUUUAUUGUCCCGUAAAAAUAUUAUGCAAAUCACAAUCACACAUCAUACGCACGUGCACAGACGUGUGCACGGAUACGCUUUUGUUGUCAAUAUCCUCAUCAUUAUCAUCAUCAUCAUCAUCGUCAUCGUUAUCGUCGCGAUCACCGUCGUCAACAUUGUUCGGUGACAUUUCUGUGUACCUUCCUCGUUACUUAUUAGCCGAAAUCCGGUUAUCUCUCUCCGAGUAAUAAUAAUGCGCCGAGCACUGAAAACUAGAGCAACCCGCGUGGUAGGGAAAUCUUUCACGGUCCAGUGAAGCAUGGUGGAAAGAUGGGCUCUUAUAUAGUAAACGAUAUUAAAAUCAGUCGCGUGCCGGUGUUUGGCUUGUGUUCGAGAACGUACCUACGGCUGUUCCAGGACAUAGUCGAUAACGUGCUCGUCAGAUUCGUCGAGUUUUCAACGGGGGUUUUUUUUUUGUCCGCUCGAUAUCGCGUUGUACGAAAAUUUCGGUAGUUUUUUUCAACCGUUCACGCAUACUUACGUCCUUCCGGGCGUCGUUCCACUGAUCAUUUUUGUUCCCCUUUUUUUGCGAAACAAGCUUUCCAACAACGUUCGAGGUCUACACACCUGACAGAAAUACACAAGUUAAUCCGGUACUCGUACCGAAUGGACAAAUGAGAUAAUAUUCAAUUCAUAAGACGAUCAAGACCAUGCUGUACAAGGAGACGACUGUGGCCGGUUGAGGUCAUGACGACGCAAUGCGGUUUAAGGACGGUCUGCUGGCACUGCUAUGGGUCAUCACUGCCAUAGCCGUGACGGCCAGGACGCCGCGUGCCGCAGCGGCCGCGUGCCCACCAUCGAAUGACGCCGUCCGACGUUGCAAGUGUUCCAGCCGAGACAACGAGAUUCAGAUAUGGUGUAGUCAUGGAGAUUCUAAAACCAUACUGGACGAGUUGAAGAUAUUAUCAUCAACGGUAACUGAUCCAGUUGACGAACUGAUAUUGGAAAAUAAUGCCAUUUCGUCUAUGCCUGCCAAUGCUUUUUCAACAUUAAAAAUUAUGCGGUUAAUGUUACGUGAAAAUGGAAUUCAAAAGGUCGCUUCCAAUUGGUUAUCUGAUCAAGAAAUGAGCAUAUUAGAAUUAUUCAUAGUGGAAGCAGAACUUAGAAGUUUUCCGGAAGAAAGUUUAAUGGUUUUACCUAGAUUAGAAGCACUAUCUUUAAUUGCAGGAUCAUUAACACGAUUACCAAUUAUAUCUGGUUUGGCUCGAUUGAGGUAUGUUCAAAUCGAAGCGUCUUCAUUGAUAAACAUUGGAACAGGAAAUUUUUUGGGACUUCCGUUUCUUGAACAGCUGCAUAUUACUGGUUCACCAAAACUGCAAAAAUUGGACGUAGGUACUAUACAAGAUUUACCCCGACUAUUUUUGUUAAACUUCACGGACAGUGGAAUCACUUGGAUGCACCCUAGAGCUUUUGCUCGUUUGCCAUCCCUUAUCGAGCUGUCAUUGGUCGGUAAUAGGUUAUCUGAUGCGUCUAAUAUCGGAGGAGCGAUUAGAGAUUUGACUUCCUUGACUACAAUCAGACUCGAUAGAAACGAGUUAGAAUUCAUAAACGAAGCUACAUUCGUGGAUAUACCGACAUUGCGUCAUAUUUAUCUAUCUAACAAUAAGAUAAGCGACAUACGCCGGGGUGCGUUCCAUCGCAUGCCUAACUUAAAAUUAAUCGAUAUAAGUAAAAAUCAAUUACAUCACAUCCACCCGGAAUCGUUCACACCGGUUCGUGAUAAUAACUUGGAAGAAUUAUGGCUAUCCGAAAAUUCUAUCGACAAUGCGAUGACAAUACGAUUGAUUUUAGACAUGUUUCCAAAACUCCGGUUUUUGGACAUCAGUAGGAAUCAGUUGCAAGAUAUUGUUUAUGGCUCAGUGCAGGGCCAUUCAAGACUCGAAAUGUUGUACUUGGAACAUAAUAAACUACAAAGAGUAGGCAGAGAAACAUUCACCGCUAUGCCAAUGUUGAGGGAAUUGAGAUUGGCCAAUAAUUCGUUAUCCAAUUACUUAGCUGUUCCUUUGUGGAAUUUACCUAUGUUGAAAGGUCUUGACAUAUCGUUCAACCAAUUUGACAAGCUUGAAAGGCGAAUGCUAGCCACAUUGCCAUCAUUAAGACGAUUUGACAUCAGCCACAAUAUUGUUUCUACGUUGGAUCCUACCGCUUUCAUUGAUACUCCAAAUUUAGAACAUAUCAAUAUAUCUUAUAAUAAUAUAAAUACUAUAAACCCUUUAACAUUGACACAUUUGUAUCAUUUGUAUGAAUUUGAUGCAAGUCAUAAUAGAAUUAAUCAAUUUGUUGGUGGAAUGCCCAGAGCCAUCGAAUACCUGUACUUAUCUAAUAACAAAAUAAUGAGCUUGCCAAGUGAUGGCUCAACGGAUUUACAUCUACCCGCCUUGAAACUUCUUGAUGUUUCAAAUAAUGGUAUUCAUAGAGUGCCAUCAAAUUCGUUGACUGCUUUAAAUUUAUUACGAUGGCUUUAUUUGGGAGGCAAUUCAAUGCAACAAUUGGAUAAUGGUGCAUUUAGUGGAUUAAAUCAAUUACAAGUGUUAACAUUGAACGAUAAUAAAUUAUUAAGUAUACAUCCGAACACUUUCAAGGAGUUACCUCUUCUGAUUGAGUUAAGUUUAAAAGGUAAUAGAUUAGAGAAUUUAGAAUCAUCAUUGCUGUCUAAUAAUGAAAAAUUGAAAAAAAUCGAUGUUAGUCAUAAUAGAUUAACUGAAAUUUACGAAUCUUACUUCUCGGUAAACAAGGAACUCGAAGAGUUAUAUAUAUCGCAUAACUCUUUAUCGGAGUUUCCAUCAUCAUUAGCAGCGAAUCCAAAUUUAAAAGUUCUCGACUUAAGAAAUAACGAAAUUAAACAAAUGAAAAGUGGAAUGGUCUCAUCAAUGCCAUACUUAAAAGAGUUGUACUUAUCAGAGAACAACUUGAACAUUUUAAAUGAAGGGGCCUUUCAACAGCUACCGAAUUUGACUAUUUUGGAAAUGGAAGGCAAUAAUCUUAAUACAUUACCUUCAUAUGGUAUUCAAAACUUGCCAAAUCUUAUGGUUGUUAAGAUGGCUAGAAAUAAAUUGGUAUCCUUACCAAGCGCUACUAUGGUGAACCUACCAAUGCUGCAAAUUGUCGAAUUGCAACAAAAUCAACUCAACGAGAUAGCUAGUGAUGCAUUUGUUGGUAUACCAAAUUUAAUUAUGAUGAAUUUGAGCCAUAAUUAUUUGAAUGGCAUGGAAAAAUCGGGUUUAAACACUUUAAGAAACUUAGAAGUCCUCGAUUUAAGCCAUAACAAGUUAAAGCAGAUAGCAACUAGAAGUAUACAAAAUAUGCAUUCUUUAAUUAUGUUGAAACUCGACAACAACAGGCUAUGCAAUAUUAUUGGAAGUCCAUUUGAAGGAAUGAGCCGUCUCAGAAUAUUGAGCUUACGUGACAAUAAAAUGACUUCACUCUCUGAAUCGACGUUCAGCAGUAUCAAGCCCACUAUAUCUCGUUUAGACGUAGAUGGCAAUCCAGUACACUGUUCCUGUAACAUGAAGUGGUUACAAUCAUGGUUAAGAACAACAGCUGAUAGUUUUGGUCCUAGAUGUACCGAUGGAACUUUACUUAGAGAAAUGCCUUUUUCGUCGAAACACUGUGAUGAAAGAGACAUAAACGCUGUAACGGAAAAUAUUCCUGGUUGUGAAACUGAACCAGUCCCUCCUAUUACCAAUGCAAAUACUGGGACGUCAAAUACAGUCAAUUCAUGGACAAGCAGUGAAGAAGCAGAUAAAAACAAGCCGCUUCCGGAAGAAACUGAUUAUUUUUAUGAGGAUGUCGUUGACCUCAAUGAUAAAACAGAACUGCAAAGAGGUAUUUCAACUGAAAAAACAUUGCCGACAGUAUCUCCAGCGGUUUUAUCACACUACGUGUCUGGUGAUACACCAACACUAUAUGCCAGCACUCGGCCGAACAGUUCAUCCCACACCAAUGAACACUCAUUACAGACUAAUGUGGGAGGUACUGCGUAUACAUUUUUCGGUGUUCCUAUACCACCUAUAAAUUUGAACAAUAUUUGGGGCCAAACCAAAGGCACCGGCAAAAGAAUCAAGGAUAGCAGACGAAAUUCGUUGCCCAAAAAGUCAUCUACCGUGGACCAAGAAGGUUUUACUCCGAUGUCAUCGAGCACCGGUGGUUUCCGGCCGAUAAUGAGCACACCUGUUACGAGCAUAGCGGAUAAUACGUUUUUUGGGGAAGAACCUGAAAACGAAGAAGACGUAGAAACGGUUUAUAAAAAUAGAAGCACAUCAAAUAAAAACGUAGGAUCCAGUAUCCCUCCACGGUAUUUCAGCAGCACUACAGAUAAUCCACCUCAUAGAUAUUCUAGCAACGAUAUAAGUUAUACUAAGUUCUUAAAUAUAACGUCUCGUGAUUCAUUAUUCGAGUCAGCCACUAUAAACUCGAUCGUUAGAUCGACUGUAAAACCGAAUCCAGCCAAUGAUCAGCAACCAACCGCAGCUUCGCCUACGAACUUGCAAAGCGAUGUUAUGGUUAAUCAAUCUGAGAGUCCGCCUAAAUCGUCAACAGAGGGACCAACGGCGGCGAGUGCGACGACCCAACAGUUCACCUCGGUCACGCGACAGUCCACGACGGUGGCCACGGAGGAAACGUCCGGGCCGACAACUGCGGCCACGGCACCGGCUGCCGCCAACGUGUCCACGCCGUCGUCACUGAGCGGUUUCCUGGCGCCCGGCGGUCAACUGCCGGUGCACAAGGACGGUGGCGUGGUGGCCACCGGCAAACCGUCCAUCGUUAAGGUGACGCUGAGCCCGCCGGUGCAACCGCAGCACCAACACCAGCACCACGCGCAGAGGCCGGCGGAGGAUCGCGAACAGCCGCACGCGAACGUCAAGUACUCGAGGGUCGGCGCGAACAACCACCAGCAGGCGUACCACCAGCUGCCCACCACCCGGUCCACGGACUCGUUCCAGUCGACGCCGUUCAGGACGAGCCCGGCCAACGACUGGUACUACGCGAACUACAACCGGACCAACGUGGAGCCGUUCGUCAGCAAGACGGCCGCCGCGGCUUCCGGCGUCGACGGGCUGCGCGCGGUGGCCGCGGUCGUCAUCGGCGCGGCCGCGCUGGUGCCCCGGAUCGGAUGAUCCGACGCCGCUUCUCCGACCACUCGGCGACAACGUACAACACGCCCCAUAGUAAAAUGUAAAUAUACGCGCAUGUGAGCGUACAGGGUGCUCCGUGCCGCCGGCAAGAUGCGUCCGGUAUGUUUCCUCCGUUGCACCCUGUACGCGUGCGUACGUCACACGACGGUAGGAUCGUAGUCGAAACGUAGAUCGUAUUGCUAUAAAUAACGAGUUCGGACGCGCAUGUCACCGGGGUUGGGGGGGGAGGUGCCGGAAUCGCAGCGGCGUGUUCGCGAACUUUUCCCCGGUCGGUCGAACGGUGUUCCCCAAUUGAUACUGCACCGUACACGGUACCUUUAACAUACUUACCGGAUUGUUUUUUCUUAUUUUCUAUUUUAGUUUUAAUUUACUCUUAAGAUACAUUUUUCAUAAAUCAAAAAAACAUCGUGUACAACAACAAUAAGUAGUCUCCCUCUUUUUGGUUUUCGUCCUCCCGCCCCAACAUUGUAUUUAUACCCGGUAAUCUUGUACUUUUGUUGUAUUUAUUUCGCCAAGAUAUUAUAUGAUAACUAUUGUAAUAAGACGAUGCGAAAUUAGAUUUACUGUGAACAUACGAACCAAAUACGGUUUUGAAAUGUUAUGUACACAUUUUGGUUCACAUAAUACACGCGAUCGUUUGCUAAUUUUUUUGAAUGUAAUUAAUACAACGUGUAUCUAUUUUAAUUAUAUAAUGUAUGUACCAAUGAUGUUGGAGUGUACAUAAUGUAUCCAAUGGCAAUUACAAAAGUAAUUUUAUCUUGGUGUUAUUUAAGAUUUUUUAUGCAUUGUCCGGAUUAGAAAUUUUUUAAUAAUUCUUUCCUCGCCUUUUUUUUAUCACUUAUUUUGUUAGCGCAUUCGCUAUG